GUGUUAACCGGAAGUAAGAGGAGCGGGAGAUUUGAAGACGUAAACAAACCUUUUCGUUAGCGGAACAUUUGCCAAAAUGCUGAAGAAGGCACCUAAGUUGAAGUAUAUAAUCAAAACGAAAUCGAAGAGUAACAUAAAUGUUGGGCCGACGUCAGAGGCAAUGAUUGAACUCCUGACGCUGCUGUUUCUGAACAGCCUGGCCGAGGAGGCGAAGUCCAAAGCUUUUGAAGAGAAAUCUGCAACUAUCAGAGCUCAUCAUCUCAGAGCCAUCUCCAAGAAAAUGCUGAAAAAAUCACGGGGGUGAAGACGGCGAAGUACGUCAUCGUCAUCAUUUUAAGAACAUUAUCAUGAAUGACAGCAGCAAUUUUUUAUGAUAUAUAAUAUGUUUUCAUCUGAAAUGUACAUUUUAUGUUUUUUAUUCUAUCCUUUGUGUACCCGAUAUCCUGUCAUGAGAGUAUUUUGUUCUUUAUUAAAUUCUUGUGGAUCUUA